AUGGCGGCCGCAUUCAAGCGCUUCGUGCCCUUGGCCGACCGUAUUCUGGUGCAGAAGCUGAAGGCCGACGUCAAGUCCGCUGGCGGGAUUCUGUUGCCGGACUCUGCCAAGCAGGAGAUCAACCAGGGCAAGGUCUUGGCGGUUGGCCCCGGCCGCAGGAGCCCCAAGGGGGAGAUCCUGCCGAUGGGCACAAAGGUCGGCGACACCGUGAUCAUCCCAAGGUAUGGCGGCACUGAAGUGAAGCUCGAGGAGGACGAGUACUUCAUCUACAGGGACGAGGACAUCGUCGGCGUCAUCAAGGACGAGUGAGCGCGGGGCCCCGCGGCCUGGCGUGUCCACCUGUGCGCGCCGCGCGCCGGGCAUCCUGCUAAGGUGAUGCAAAUUGCCCGGACGGCUCGGAGACGGCCGCACAGCUUUCGCAUUGAGGAUGUGUCCGCUCGCCGCCAAAGGCAGGGACGCCCGCGUCGAUCGCGGGGCGCCCUCCGCCGAGCGCCCCCGGGGGGCUCGCGCCGGCCUCGCGCCGCGGGAGCCGGGCGCGAGCCCGCCUCGCCGC